AUGGCCGGGAAACCCACUCUUCACUACUUUGAUGGAUCGGGCAGAAUGGAGUCCAUCUGGUGGCUCUUGGCUGCAGUUGGAGUAGAGUUUGAAGAGAAAUUUCUGAAAAUGCAAGAAGAGUUGGAAAAGUUAAGAAAAGAUGGGAGUUUGAUGUUCCAGCAGGUGCCCAUGGUAGAGACUGACAGCAUGAAGCUGGUGCAGACCAGAGCCAUUUCCAACUACAUUGCCACCAAACACAACCUUUUCGGGAAGGGUGUAAAAGAGAGAGCCCUAAUUGAUAUGUAUUCAGAAGGCGUGGAGAUUUGCAUGAAAUACCUUCCACCUGGGGACAAAGAUGGAAGCUUUACCCAGAUCAAAGAUAAAUCGAGACACCGUUAUUUUCCUGCCUUUGAGAAGGUGUUAAAAGAGUCACGGACAAGCCUACCUUGUUGGCAACAGGUGAGAAAGGCCAACAUUAACCUCACUGAACUUCUCUACCUCACAGAAGAGCUUGACCCCAGUGUUCUGGCCAACUUCCCUCUACUGAAGGCCCUGAGAGCCAGAAUCAGCAAGCUGCCCACCGUGAAGAAGCUUCUGCAGCCUGGCAGCCAAAGGAAGCCUUGA